AUGGAUAUUGAUAUCGAUAUUGAAAUGUUGAUUUCCCUGGUUGAAAAUAGACCUGUGCUUUGGGAUAAAACUUCAGAAAGAUACAAAAUUAAACAGCUUAAUUUUACGGCAUGGAUGGACAUCUGCAAAAUGAUACAUCCAAGUUUUGAUACAUUAUCUGAUAAAGAAAAAAACGAAUUUG